UUUAUUCCAUAAUUUCGGUGUUAAAAAAAGACAGCUUAAAUUAAUACAAAAUUAUUAUUUAACAAUUAUAAUUAAAAAAUUAAUAUUUCAUAAAAAUAAUAUCAAAAUUGCGUGAAUAAUCUGCGCAGUAAUUAAAAACAACGACCGACUUGAUCGACAGGCAUUUUUUUUUUCGUUUCAAAGCUUAAAAAAACCGGCAACCGUCAUGACGCUUUUAUCCAUAAAAUAAUAUCUCAAAUAAUAACAAGCAAACAAUAAAUAAAAGUCAAUAAAAUUGCCAACAAUUAAGUACAAUUAAUUCAAUUAAUUAAUCAAGGAUAAUUAAGUGAAGUUAAAAUACCAAAAACGCAAUUUAAAAAAUAAAAAAAAAUUCAUAAUAAAAUAGGUGUGACAGUGUACCUGUGCUGCUGCGUACAAGUGUAAUACACACAAACAUACAAACAGUGUGUAUUUGUGUGUUGUGUUUUUUUUUUUUUUUUAGAAUUUGCGGCAAAUUGAGGGGAGAGUGAUCGUCAAACGGAACAACCGUGCUACUACAUACAAUCGGUCCAAUCGGGGGCUUACGCUGUCGACAGUCAAACGGUGUUCGGUGUGCCGCGAGUGUGUGUUGUUUCACUUGCGUGUUUUUUUUUUUUUUUUAUAAUACAAAGUUUGGAAAUAUAUAUAAAUAUAUCAAAUAUAUUAACCGGGGUGUCUCUUGACAGAUUUUGUUAAAAGAAGGAGGCACAAUAAUAAUGGCAGACACAAGCCAACAAGAACUCACUGAGCCUCAUACAAAUGGUGUGAUGGACGGUCUAACAGAAGAAGAAAAAAGUAAAAUGAGACCAGCUGAUAUUGAUGCGGAUAUGCGUGAAAUGGAUAGAAGGAAGAGAGUCUUAGAAAUGAUGAGUUCAAAAACAUUUAUGGCUGAAUUAGAGCGUAUUCUUGAAGCUCACAGAGAUGGUGGUGGUUCUGUUGGUUUAUUACAACAAAUAUCAGAUAUGAUGGGUGCACAAGGAGCACGUUUUAAUUCAAAUGUAUUUAAAAAUUCAAAUUGUGUGGUGCCUAUUAAUGAUAUUAGAGGUGGUGAUGUUACUGGUUAUUUACCUGGUGAAAAACAAUUACGUUGUAAAUUAGCAUCAGUAUUUAGAUUACUUGAUCUUUAUGGAUGGACACAGGGUGUUGGUGGACAAAUAUCAGCACGUUUAAAUCAAGAUCAAGAACAUUUUUUGGUAAAUCCAUAUGGUCUUUUGUAUCAUGAAAUAACAGCAUCAAGUCUUGUUAAAGUUAAUAUGCAAGGUGAAGUUGUUGAUCAAGGAACAACAAAUUUUGGUAUACAUUUGAGUGAAUUUCAGUUGCAUUCAACAAUACAUGCUGCACGUCCAGAUAUAACAUGUAUUAUUCACAUAACAACACCAACAGCAGUGUCUUCCUAAUUGGUAAUUGGUAAUGAAAGUAUUGUUAUUGGUGAUGUAUCAACACAUCAUCAAUUUAUUGGUGAUGCUAUUGAGCCUGAAGAACGUGAAAAAAUAACACGUAAUUUAGGUCCAAUAAAUAAAGUUAUGUUAUUAACAAAUCGUGGUGCAUUAUGUUGUGGUGAAACAGUUGAAGAAGCAUUUUAUAAUGUUUAUAAUACUGUAUUAGCAUGUGAAACACAACUUAAAUUAAUGCCAAUGGGUAUUGAUAAUUUAACACUUAUUAAUGAUGAAAAUAAAAAAAUAAUAUAUGAUGCAUCACGUAAAUCACCAGCACCACCAGCAUGUAUUGUUACUGAACCACCAGCAUUAGCUAAAAAAUUAGAAAAACGUUGGCGUAUUGGUGGUACUGAAUUUGAGGCACUUAUGAGAAUGCUUGAUAAUGCUGGUUUUCGUACUGGUUAUUCAUAUAGAAAUAAACUUGUUAAAAGUGAACCACCAAGAGCUAAAAAUGAUGUUGAAAUACCACCAACUGUAUCAUCACUUGGUUAUUCACUUGCUGAUAUUGAAUUAUACAGAGAAGCAAUAUUAAAAAGUGGACGCAAAGGAAAUGACAGAAAACUCUGGCUUACAACACCAAAUGUUUAUCAAAAAGUUGAAGUUCUCGAGACCGGAACACCAGAUCCAAAAAAAAUCACCAAGUGGGUGGAUCAGGGUCAAGACGAGUGGGUGUCUGAUGGAUCACCGACUCAUAGCAGUACACCAGUCAAGAUUGAUGGUGCAUUACAAUUUGUACCGAAGAAUACCAAUCCAAAAGAAUUUAAGCAGCUUCAACAACAAAUCAAGGAUUAUCGUAGAGCUGAUAAAAUAUCUGCUGGACCACAAUCACAUAUACUUGAAGGUGUCACGUGGGAUGAAGCUAAAAAGCUACAAGAUGCAUCAGUUGUGAAUGCUGGUGAAUCAGUUGUUUUAGUUGGUGCUGCAAGUAAAGGAAUAAUUCAACGUGGUUUUCAACAUAAUGCAAUGGUAUAUAAAACUCCAUAUGCUAAAAAUCCAUUUGAUGCUAUUACAGAUCAAGAUAUUGAUCAGUAUAAAAAAGAUAUUGAACGUAAACAAAAAGGUGAUAUUUAUGAUGAAUCACAAUCUGAAUCAGAAGCACUUUCAUCAUUUAAUAUUAGUCGAGCAACACAUGAAUCAAGCACUGCCAAAAGUCCAAUUCAAUCACCAAUAUCUGUUACAUCUGAAACUGAAGAAGAAAGCAGAGAUGAACCUCGGGUACUCCGGAUAGAAAAAAAAAAAGUACCUGCUCCAAGUCAACCAGAAGUUGUCUUAAGUGAUGAAACAAUAGUGCAUGAUUUGGGCCAAGUGCAUGACAAUAUACUGCCAACGAAAAAAUUGAGCACGAUUGUAAAGGAAACUCCCCAGGUUCAGCAAUCACAAAUAUUAUUAUCAAAAAAUUCACAAAAUCAAAUAACAAAUAAUAAAGGAGAAGCAACAACUCAAUUCCUAAAUGAAAUGCGACGAACUGCAAUUGAGCCAAGAAAUGAUAGAAAUCAAAGAGGAGAAAACACGGUUAAUGGAGAUCAUUCAGAUGCUCAUCACAGCACAUUUUCUCAUAGCAGUAAAGAGGGUUCAAUGUCACAGGAUGUAAGCGUCAGUGAGGAGUCACCUAAAAAGGAAAAGAAAAAGAAGAAAGGCCUGAGAACACCAUCAUUCCUCAAGAAAAAAAAGGAAAAAAAGAAGCCAAUUGAAGCGUAGAUAAUCCUAUCCUAGGAAACUAUCAGAGAAUAAUAAUAAGUUAAAAUCAAGUUAGACCCAAGAUCGAAGUCCACAUGAGCAAGGAAAGAAUUUAAAAAACAAAUUAAAAAUAUAAAAAACGAC